AUGGCCAAUACAUCUGGACCAUCAAUGCUUGCUACACCGAUUUUCUCUAGGAAACACUACAUGCAUUGGGCUAAAAGAAUGAAGAUUAUGCUCAAGGCAAAUGGCUUGUGGGAUAUUGUCUGUGAUGGUUACAAAGAAUUGGAAGAUGAUGUCGAGUACACAAGUGCACAAAAGAAGGAGAACAAGGAAAAAUCUCAAGAAAAUUCAAGAGCUCUUGCCUUUAUCCAAAGUGGGGUGAACGAGGCCAUAUUCUCAAGAAUUCUAAUUGAGGAAGAAACCAAAACAGUUUGGGAGGUGCUUCAACUUGAAUUUGAAGGGUCAGAUAAGGUGAAAUCAGCCAAGUUGGUGACUUUGAGAAGGGAGUUUGAUAGGUUAAGGAUGCAGGAGACUGAUAGUGUGAAGGAAUAUGUCAACAAAGUCCAAGAACUUCUGAGUCAGAUGAAGAUUCAUGGUGAGGAGUAUCCAAAGAAGCAAGUAGUGCUGAAAAUACUUGCAAAUUUACCUCCCAGAUUCGAUUCGAAGGUGCAUGCUAUUGAAGAAUCCAAAGAUUUGGACACUCUAACCAUCAAUGAGCUUAUUGGCUCUCUACAAGCCAGUGAGCAAAGGGUUGUAGGAAGAAUGGAGGGAAGCACAGAGGGUGCGUUUCAGGCCAAGCAACGAAAGAAAUGGGAUGCUGAUGAUAAGAAGGGGGGAAAACUUAAAUUUCCUCCUUGUCCUAUCUAUAGAAAGACGAAUCAUGCUGAAAAGAACUGUUGGGUGAAAAAAAAGUCUAAGAUUUAG